GACUGGAGUCAGCUAGAUCAUUGCGUAUUUCUCUGCAUAUGAAUCUCUGGAUGGCUGGUUAACCGCACAGGAAGAAGAAGAAAAACUCUUAAUAGUGCCUCCGGUUAUUCCGACGUGCCGCUGUUUGUCGCGGUAAAGCGGAUAUUUCUCACUUUAACUGGAGUCAGAAAGAAAAGCGGCAAGAUGAAAUACAAAAACCUGAUGGCCAAAGCGUUGUACGACAACGUGCCGGAGUCCCCCGAGGAGCUGGCCUUCCGGAAAGGGGACAUCCUGACCGUCAUUGAGCAGAACACGGGUGGCCUGGAGGGCUGGUGGCUCUGCUCCCUGCACGGCCGCCAGGGCAUCGCCCCCGGGAACCGCUUGAAGCUGCUGAUCGGACCCAUGUUCGAGGCUCAGUCGUCGGGCGCCGCUGCCGCCCCUUCUCCAUCUCAGAGCUAUCAGCAGAAGGCCAACUCGGGGUCUCAGGGCCUCUACCAGGUGCCUCCGUCCCUCCAGAGCCCACAGCAGCAGAGUCAGCAGAGCAUCUACCAGGUCCCACCGGGACAGGACAUCUACCAGGUCCCACCGAGGAGUACUCUAGCAACUGAUAACACACCAAGCAAGGUGGUGACCCCAACCAGAGUGGGACAGACCUACACUUACAGCCCAGGACAGCAUAACCAGCAGGACCUCUAUGACGUCCCACCCAUCAGAUCACAAGGGGUGUACGAUAUUCCACCUGGUCAGAUGUUCCCUGGUCAACAAGGCGGAGCCAGAAACCAAGGCGUCUAUGAUGUUCCCCCAUCACCAAUGGACCCUAGGUCACAAGGCAUCUAUGACAUCCCUCCAACCUCUCAAGGGGUCUACUCAGUGCCUCCCUGCAGGACCAACUCUGCCCAGCAGGAGGGGAACUACGACUUCCCGCAGCCCCUCAAGAGCAAACAGGAAGGCAUCUACGACGUCCCCCCACCUGUCCUCGCCAAGCCCGCUCAGAGCUCGCAGUCACAUUACGACUUCCCGCCGAACGUGGAGCCUCCGGCUCAUCAGCCGCACCCAAACACCAACGGCAAUGAAGGCAUUUACGAUGUGCCACCGCCUGCCUUUCAUUCAGGGGCGGGGUCUCGCAACGACGUGUACGACAUCCCGCGGGUCAUGCAGACCUCCCAGCACAGAAGCUCGCCCGCCGACAGAGACGGCAGCAAAGGCAUCUACGACAUCCCCGCUCAGGAUGCUCGCGCAGUAGCGGACGUGACGGACGGCGUGAACCGCCUGUCGUUCUCCAGCACGGGCAGCACGCGCAGUAGCAUGUCCACCUCCUCGUCCUCCACUGGCUCCAGCUCUGAGGGCCGCCUCGCUCUGGAUGUGGACACCGCCAUCCAGAAGCUGUACCGCCUUCAGCAAGCAGUGGACAGCUCAGUCGGGAAUUUGCAUUCAAUGGCAGCUUCCCCUCACUGGAGGACUUUUCCUUUCAUGGAACGCCACGCCAACGACGUCCGCACAGUUCUGGACAGAGUCCGGGCCGCUCUGGGAGACUUCAUUGUGUUCGGCAGAGGUGCCGCGGUGAACGCUACGUCUCUGUCAGACAACAGUCUGCACAGUAAGCUUCGAAGGCAGCUGGGCCGCCUGGAGGACUCACAGCAGAUCCUUCUGCAGAUCUACCAAGCUCUGGAAAACUGCAGCUGGGCACUUAACACUCUGGCCUCGUCUGGAAGGCACCACAACAAGACGGACGACCUGGACCGCUUCGUCAUGGUCUCCAGGACUGUUCCCGACGACGCCAAGCAGCUGGCCUCCACGAUAGGCAGCAGCGCCGAGCUGCUGUUCAGGCGGACGCACGUAGACGGAUCUUUCUCCGUGGGCAGCACGCCUGACGAGAACGUGAUCCACCCGCUCACCUCCCCCUCGUCGGACAACGACAACUACGGGGGCCAGACCAAACCUUUCCCCGUGCCCUCGACCCCAGACAAGGACAACAUGAACAAUAGCGAGAAGUGCGUGAAAAGCUGGAUGGAGGACUACGAUUAUGUGCAUUUGCAGGGCAAAGAAGACUUUGAACGGCAGCAGAAGGAGCUGUUGGAGAAAGAAAACAUAAUCAAGCAGAGUCAAGUUCAGCUGGGUCAGGAACAGAUCAAUCAGUUCAAGAAGCUGGAGCAGGAAGUGAGCAAACCCGUGGAGAACGACAUCACGCAGUGGAUUUCACACCAACACUCGGCGCCGCCCUCAGACUCCUCGUCUUCCUCCACCUCCCUCUCCCCGUCCGCCCACCUGUGCGCUCGGGACCGCCAGCUGCUCAGCUUCUACUCGGAGCAGUGCGAGCAGCACUUCGUCACGCUCCUCAGCGCCGUGGACGCCUUCUUCGGCUGCGUCAGCGCCGGCCAGCCCCCCCGCAUCUUCGUGGCACACAGCAAGUUCGUGAUCCUCAGCGCCCACAAACUGGUCUUCAUCGGGGACACGCUGUCCCGGCAGGCCUCGGUGCCUGAGGUGGCCAACAGGGUGAUGAACUCAAGCAACGUGCUGUGCGACCUGUUAAAGACGGUGGUGUGCGCGACUAAAACGGCCGCCCUGAACUACCCGAACACAGCCGCCAUCCAGGAGAUGGUGGACAGAGUCACCGACCUGUCGCACCACGCUCAGCAGUUUAAAGAACAGUUGCUGCAGAUGGCUAAUUUGUGAUUUUCACCCUCAUGGCUCCUGCACAUCACUCCGUUUCUACAUCUGCCAUAAAAAUAUAUAUAUAUUUGCAGUAUAUGUAUGUCGCUCUGCAUCUUUAAGCCCGUUUAAGAUGUUGUAAAUAGUCCGUGUUCUGUAAAUAUUUGCUCUAUUUUUAUGUACAUUGUUCUAUAUUAUGAUAUGGACACACAUAUAUAUAUAUAUAUGUAGAUGCAGUACUGGUGCCUCUGUAGGAACAUGUGGACAUUUUUCAUAACAUUCCCAUUGCAUAUUAUUAAGCACCUUAUGAGAUGUCCUGUUAUUUCAUUUAUAACUGUAGAGUGUCGUUUCUGUGUCUUCCUGCUGGAUGUGACAGUUAAAAGUUCCUUGUAAAUCAA